CUAAAACCCCGUUGCGAUGUUUUUUUUGCGCGAGAAGUCCCACAAUUUUGUGGUCGACCAACGGCGUUGUCAUUGGCAUUGUACGAGUGGUACUCAUUCUACUUUGUCAAAAAGGUCGCUUCUUUGCUCCAUUCUCAAAAGGUCGCUCACCAGCCUCAGCUAAUCUUUUUCAGUCAUGCAACGCCUUUCUCGCUGAAACAGACCAAAACAUUUGCCAAGAACCUUCAAUUGGUUGGAAGCAAGCAGCAACAACACCUCGUCCACUUGUCAUCGAUCGACAGAGAUACUAAUAGUAACAAAGCUUUCAUCUAUCUAUCUAUUGAUCAACAAUCAUGUUUGGCAAUCUACGAUCAGCGUUUAGUGGCAUCAAAUGCUGCUCCUUCCCUCACGGCAAGAAGAACCCGGUUCGAUUGGCCAUCGCAUUGACCCUUAUCGCGUGGAUGAUUUCUGCCAAUCUCGGUCGCGAGUUUGCCGUUGGCAUGGGAUUCAUGACCACCAGUAUUGUCAUGCUAUCCAGUUGUAUGAAACUACCCCCCAUGGCCAUGACAUUGGCCGCCAUUGCGUCGUUGGCCAAUGCGGGAUCGCACUUUACGGCCGUUCAUUCCGUAUGGAAGUUGCGACACAACAUGGUGGGAGCGGGAAAAUUUUGUCGACAGUUUGCAUCCGUCACCAAUGGCGAUGAUGACAUGUAUAGUGCGUAUAUUGGUGAAUACAACAAGUACUGCAGCAAUACUGUCUAUGGUGUACAGGCCGUUGCCAUACUGAUGUGGGUCUUGGCGGGAAUUACCAUCUUUGUGGCAUCGCCUCGGAGUGAUGGUGGUAGCGAUGGCGGUGAAACUAGUAAUGAUGUGGAAGCGGCACGGUACGCGGCCAGUGGAGAACUCGCCACAGACUAUCAGAAUGCGACCAAGCAACAACCAGAGCAGUAUUAAUUAAUGAGGACAGCAGCAACAACAACAGCAACAACAAAACAUUCGGGCAACAUUAGUAUUCAAGGAAAGAAAGAAAAACGAUGAGGCACGUUUUGAAAACAACAACAACAAUUAUCAACAACAAACACAGGUUUACCUGUUGUAACCUUCACUUUUGCAUUACAAGUCAUUCCGAUUCAGUCAGUCAGUCAGUCAGUCAGUCAAUUCACACAUGUUGUAGAGAUGUAAUCGUUAACGACAACCAUCUUUUCAACC